AUGGACAGAGCACUCCUUAUCGCCUGUCUUGCGCUUUUGGUCUUCGUCGAAGUACAAAGCUACACCCUGCGAGAUGUUCUCAGAGACAGACUCAGAGAAAGAGGUACCCCUAUAUCAUAACAGUCUAAUCUAACAAGUAUAUUUAUUAGGUUUAUCACGGCGUCAACUAUGAAUCAACAGCGAGAGCGUUUUCUCGUAAUUUUCUAAUGGCAGGAUCUUGGGUAAACAACCUUCAGUUGGUGAUUGUAUUUUUGCGAGCAAGGAAAAUCGUUAGAAAGUGUAACUGUGAACAGUAGUUGUGCUGGUCAUGGAACAAAUUGCUAAGACUGCGGUGUAAGUAUAAGAAAAAAGUAAAAUAGGCAAAACUCUGAGCGAUAAAUAUGUAAAUAUGUUAAAAAAAAGUUUCCUCUGAAUUCUAUUGUUCCCAACUUUAGCUCACGAAAUAUUCACUUAGAUCCGACGGCGCGCGUGUAUUCGAGCGUUGUACGUUCUUCUCAGUCAGCCUAGCGUUGUACAACUUGGCCUUUUGGGGAAAAAAGAUAUAAAAAAGUGCCGCCAUCACGCCGUAAUGUGCUGUAAUUUUUUUAUACAAAUAGAUCAUGAUCAGAUUUUAGGUCACAAAGGUUAAAAGGACUGAUAUUCUUUUGCGUGUACUCACGCGCGUGCUUGAUAUAAGACGCAUCCAGACAUAUUUAGAGUUCAUGAAUUCUAACUUGCAGAACUAGAUCGAUUAAGGCAGUCUGAUCAACCUAUGUUCAGCUCAAACCGUAUGUAUGAUGCCAGAAAGUAUGAAGGUGAGGUUAAAUAAUUAGAAAAAUUUAAUUAGAUUAUAUUAAGACGAGUCUCAAUACUUCAGAAGUGCGCGCGUGAACUAGCGUCAUUUGGCGGGAACGUGAUAGCUGUCUUCAUUACUAGUUGCCACGAAAAUGUCGCUUUGACGGAAGCCGGGGACGAAAUAGUCUGCUACACAGCCGUUUUUUAGUGUCGUCACGCAACGCUCCUCCCCACUGUGGGGAGGAGCAUUGCGUGACGACACUAAAAACGGCUGUGCAGCAGACUAGGAACGGAAGCAACUGAUCAAAUGUACGUUUGAAUUUUUAUCAUUUUGCGAUCGAGAAAGGGUUCAGCCAACCUUCUUCAAUAAAAAUAUCAAAAAUAACAAUCUUAACUUUUCUGGUGAAAAAAAAAAACAGGUAAAAUGGAGCUUUACUUGGGAAACUAUUUUUGGAGAAAACGAAAUAAAACGCUAUAAAGGUUAUUUUUAAAAGGUCAAAUCUAGCCUGGUCCUCGUUCUCGCCCCUCUCAUAUUCUCUUCGUAAUCUACUUGUUUGAGUCACUUGCUUAUUGUAUGCGACCUCGUGUUAGCAUAGAUUGAAGUGAUUUUGACGGAACUACUGAGCGACGUACUCCGAAAAGGUAGAUCACAUAAGCGUUGAUAACUCUGAGGAAAAAUAAAUGACAAAAACUUUCAGAGAUAACCAAAUGAAAAAGAAAAGAAAAGCUUAGACAACUCAUGGUCAAAUAUAGAGCGUGGCAGUUUCGUUUCUGUAGAAUUUCUAGCCUUUAUGCCGGUAUUUAACGUACUAAAUAAGCUCCCCUCCCGCCUCCAACUCAUAAAUUGUUUUCAAUACAUGAUUUUAACUUUGCAGAACUGAAUCGAUUUAGGCAGUCUGAUCAACCUAUGUUCAGCUCACACCCUUUAUAUGAUACCAGACUGCUGCAAGGUAGGAUUUUUAAUUAACUUCUCGUAAUUAAAGUUAAGACUGUUAAAGGUUCAGGGGGGGAGGGUAAUCCUGGGAAUUCUUGGUGGGGGUGUGCCGCCCGGUUCUCCAAAUCCUGACCCUAUUUCAGACCAAAAAAUGUCAUUUUCCACACCCGUUGUCAGACCAGGCUUUUAAAAUCCACACCCGUUUUCAGACCUGUCAUCAUUUAACUUAGAUUAGAACGUCAAAUAAAAUAUAUUCUUAAAAUAAUAAUGAUAAUAAUCUAUAUUGAGAUGACUUUUUCAUAUAAAAUCGCUUAGAGAAAUCGCCCCCAAGAUUUGAUUUUUCUGCUGGCGCAUUUGCUAUCUGGUAUAAUGUGAACACCGUCUAAGUCACAAAUCCCAGGACCAUCAGUGGUAUGGGGGAAUCGGAGCAAAUUAGGUUUCUGGGAAACUGCCCACCUACCCCUUCCCUAAGCCAACAUUUUGCCCUAAGUGGGAAGUAAGUGUUAAUGUUAGCUUAGGGGAGGGGCAAGUGGGCAGUUUCCCAGAAACCUUAAUAAACAUAGCCAUGUCCUCAUACAGGUUCCUCGAUUCUCUUUACAUUUCCAUUAAAAAUUAGCUAGGAGAAUUUGUUAAAAGAUCAUUGAAUUCCUCUUUUGGCGAUCAUUUAAUCAACUUCUGUUGACAAUGCAUUGAUUUUGUUAGGCGAAAGUUGAUGUCAGCUGAUGUUGACCAUUCUUGGCACUUAACUAGGGUUUAAAAUAUACUGAUUUUACCAUUUCUUCUUUUUUCAGCCAUAAAUGAUAUGAGAGAGUUCCAUUUAAAACGAAUGCUCGAUGAGGGAAAAAGUGAACCAGGUAAGAUAUAAAAUAUGUGUUACUCUGAACCUCGAUCGUGAUAAUCGUGACGUCAUCCACAACGGCCGAAUUCUUGGCUGCCAACUAGGAUUUUACCGCGAAAGUUCAUUUUUAUAUUUUCAUCUGUAUGCAAGGAAUCUGGUAAGGAUGCAUUUUUCAUGCCUGAAGUGGAAGUUUAAAGUAUGUGACAAAAAAACCUUUAGUGGCUUUUGGUACUACUUUAAUAGCGAAAACCUCGUUUUUGAGGGCUCAAAAAUGGCUUUAAUGACCUCGCGCUAUUUACGACAUCAUAUCUAGUGGCCAUUCCUUAAAAUGUUUUCCGUAAGAUCGAUAGAUGGCGGACUCCAGAGGUCCUCCCCCCCAGUAGCAGGAAUAGGGUUAAUAUCACCUUUAUACAGACUAUCUUUGCGCAGAUAUAAUUAAUACUUUGAAUACGUUGGUAUUUGAUUUCGCAGACUGCGAGGAUUAUCAUCCCCAUUGUGAUUGGGCCAAGGAUGAGGGCACCUGCGAGUACCUGCAUACAACUCUAACCACUCCUUAUGCAAAAGCUGCCAAACACAUUGCCAAGGAUCUCUGCCGAUUUACGUGUAACGCGGAUAACUGUAAGUGAAGUUCACAGCCCGGCAGAUUAGGGAAAUAGGUCCCCGUAGUUUUAUAGUAAUCGCUCGACAGGCCAGACUGUUCACAGUCCCGUUUUUGGUAAGAUCGUUAAGUGAGACUUUGCAUUUGCACUUUGAGUUGACUUCUGUAACAAAUAUCAGCUUAAUUGCACUGCAGUUAUGCUCUCUCUUUUUUCUUUCCAUUUCAAUUUCCAUUGAACUGUCCAUUAUACUUAGUUCUGACUUUUUUUUUCUAAUUUUUACAUAGGUGCAGAUAAAAUCGGUCCCUCUAAGGUUAAGCCUACAAAGCCUCCUGCGCCAGGAAUAAGUAAGUAUUCACGCCAUGCAGUGUAA